AUGACGCAAAGAUUUAUUUGCUUUCUUUACUAUAAAAUUUAAGACUAGCUUUCUCUUCAUAUUAAUUAUGUUAAAUAUCUCAAUAGUACAAAGGAAUCUAAAAUCAAUGAAUCUUAUAAAAUUACAAUAGGCCAAACUUAAACUGCCUUUGAAAAUUUGUUAUAUAACAAAAUUAUCGGUAGAAUAUUGGCUAAACAACAUAUAAAUUUCUAUUCAAAAUAAGCACAAGAAUUAACUCUCCUAAACCCUUAUCUCUAACACUAUUAUAAUAAUAAUUAUUAUAGAAUUGUUGUUUCAUAUAUUAAAAGUGAUAAUUUGUAUUAUUUUAAAAAUCUAAAUCUAAUAUUCAUAAUUCAAAAACAAUAAAAGAUAAUGAAAUGA